CAGUUCAAUCAUGACUGUAGCAAGAACAGUGUGCGUUCUGUGGUGUCUGUUGUACCUGUCAGGGUCAGCUCAGGGCUCGGAGAAGGUAAUGUUCUUCGAGGAGCAGGGUAAGGUGCUGGUGUCGGCGGCGGUGUGGCGGGUGAAGGUCCCGGUCAACCUGACGCACUUCCAAGCCAGCGUUCACGUGAUGGAGGAGCUGGUGGACGGUUUCUUCGCCGAGUGGGAUUCGACCUUGAACCAGACCCUGGGCCUGAGAGCUUGGCUGAUCGGACAGCAGGAGGCACUCGGGAAGCGCUUGCAGAUGCUGGCGGACACGGUGGACGACGUGAUCAACUCGUUUGAUGACUUAUCAGGGUCAAGGCGGAAAAAAAGGAGCCUGGAUAGCUUUGUGGGCUCGUUUCUCAGUUUUUUCGGCUUCGCGAUGAAAACACAGUUGCGGGAAACUAGCGUCCAAAUUGACGAUAUCUCCAUCAGGGCCGACAGGAUCAUACAUAAGAUCAACGAUCAGAUCUCCUUCCUCAACCUGGUGAAAAAUCAGGCCGAGACCGACGAAGAAGCCCUCCUAGACCGGAUCCAAUUUUUCGGCACACUCAAGCAAACAGUUGAUGCAUUCCACGAAAAAUCGAAGCUUGUGGCUGAUAAGCUUAUCAACCUCGACCACGAUUUUGACCACACUUCCAGGGCAUUCCUCGGUAUCAACGCAAUCCAGGCUGUUUUGUAUCAGGUAGAGUGGCAGGUAUCGAGCCUGAAGCGGGCCAUCAUGUACGCCAGGGCAGGAAAACUUGACCCAUUCUUCCUGCCGCGGGAAAAUGCCACCGAAAUCCUGCGCAAGGUGCAACCGGAUGGCAACGUCGACCUAAGCACCCUCUACAGCCAGGCCAAGGUGACCGAAAUCGAGGUCAAACGGCCGGAAAUGUUGAUGCUGAUGGUCGCCUUCCCCGGUCUUGACGAGGACAGAUUUUUCACCGUCUACCGGCCAGUGCCCCUGCCAGCGCCCGUCAAAGAGGGCCUCUACAUCGAGGUGAAACCUGAGGCCGAGCUUAUCGCCGUCGACGCCAGUAUGACCAAAUACUUUUACCUCUCGCAUGCACAAUAUGACGCCUGCAUCGCUUCUCCAGGGCAAAUUAAAUUGUGUUAUCCAAUCGACGUAGUGCACGACCAGAGCGAGCCGAGCUGCCUGCACCGGCUGCUGGCGAACAAGUUGUUUGACUUUGAGCACCUGUGCGACGUUGUCAGGUUGAAGCACUUCUCGCCACGCGUUUUCCGGCCCUCGCUGGACCCCUACUUCAUCUACGCGGUAGCAAACGAAACGCAGCUCAACAUCGACUGCACCGCCAACCCCGCCGCAGCCGCAACAAUUCCGCCAUCGGUCCUCGGAACAGGCACCCUCCACGUCCCUAAGGGCUGCACCGUCAUCCUCCACUCAUUUUUCCUCGUAGGGGCCCAGAACAAUCGACACCUCAGCAUUUCAGAAGAUCAGGGUUUCCGUCUGCAGGAGUUGGCCCUGAAUGAAACAGAGUUUCCGGCGCACCUUCCGUCCAAGCGGCCAUUCCAGCUGGAAAAGCUGGAAGUAGUGAACAGCAGUCUGUUUGAGGAGCAUCUAAAUCUGACAGAGCAGCGGUUAAGUCACGAUUUGAACGUGCGUGCUCUGAACGAGAUCGACGGUCUUGAGGAGCAGUCCUGGAGCCAGGUCAACUUCUUUUACGACCAUCUCACCCAGUGGCUCGUAGCCGGCAUCCCCCUCCUUGGCCUGCUGUACCUUCUCUGGCGAAGGGGGAAAAGGCGAUCGGUAGAUUUAUAUUCACAUCAAGUGGCAGUGGCCAAUAUCGUGAAAAAAACCGACAUUUAUAUAGUGAGCAACGACCUCCCUACCAAAUUGUAA